AUGCAUCAUGAGGAAGUGAUUCGAUGGGCCAAAGACUGCGCAAAGCGAAUUCCCUAUGACGGUUCCGUUUCAUUGUAUGCUCACCUGUAUCCUGAUAACAUCGAUGAUGAUGGUGAAUCUGUGGACGAAGUUUUUUCCAGGGAUGAGUACAGGAAAUUCCUCCUAGUCGACAUCACUCCUCUUUCUCAUGACACUAAUCUUUACCGAUUCGAAAUCCCCAAAGGGAAGGUCAAUCUGCCAAUUGGAUGUCAUCUUCGUACGAGGUACGACUUUCAUUUCUGA